UUCUUAAAGAGAUGAAUAAUUUACAAUGAUAAAGGUGUUGGUGAAGGGCGGGUUGGUGGGGUUGCUGGGGAUACUUCUCUACAACUUUGUCAUCUUACCAAUCACUAUUCCAGAUCUAGGUUUAAGAAAGGACUGGAGUAAAGAGGAUCUGGAAUGGGAUGGAGAGAAUAUAUUCUGGUUUAUCCAAGUUACUGAUUUACACAUCAGUAAAUAUGUUCAUCUAGAGAUAAAAGAUUCCUUAGAAGAUUUUUUCUCCACAACUCUGGAUACUAUCAAGCCCAGGCUAGUGCUUGCAUCUGGAGAUCUAACUGAUGGAAAAGACAAGGAUGGAGUUGACUCUUUUCAGGUUUUGGAGGAAUGGAAGACUUAUGCCAGUAUACUAGAAGAGCAUAAUGUUAGAGAGAAGACUAUAUACCUGGAUAUUCGUGGAAAUCAUGAUAGUUUUGAUGUUCACCAUCUACACCAUUCUUCUAACCUUCACAGAAACUAUUCAGCUCAGAAGUGGUACACCUGAACUUGAGUUAGGAGAUUGGAAAGAGAACAGGAAAUACAGAGUUCUUGCAAUUGAUAAUGGAAUUCUUACUUUUAGUGAUAAUAUUGCUAAAGAGUGGCCUGUUGUUCUGGUUACUAAUCCCAAACAAUCCAAAUUUAUGGCGCCAGCUGUAGAAGCAGUUCAGAAAAUCCGGGAAUCCAAAGAAAUUCGUAUUCUUGCAUUCAGUCCGUUUGGUGUUAGACAUGUUCAAGUUAAAAUCAAUAGUGGUAGGUGGGAAACAUGCAGUAAGCAUAAUUCGGUUCCAGACCUUUAUACAUUACCCUGGAACCCUGGAGACCUUACUUCAACUAAACAAACCCUUCAAGUUAUCGUGGAGGACUAUAUUGGAAAUAAGAAAACUCUUAACAUGCAGUUCCAGACAAACUUCGAUCAAAUACCUGACGAAUACAGUUUAUAUGCUCGGAUGAUUCUUAUGAGCGAUGUUUUAUCCAUUUUACAAUUUGUAUGGUUUGUGUCAAUACUGGUGUCGAUGCUGCCUCUAUAUUUAGCUCGACGACAUUCGUCAUUAUUGCGAGAAGUGUACAGUCUGCCAACGCGCACUAAAAUGAUGGAGUUGGCGGAUUUUUCUCCGUUCUAUUAUCUUUACAUGGGUGCCGCCAUUUCGGUUGGGUUUGGUCCGUGGCACGUGGGACCAAUACUGUCCGGGCAUAUAGGAAUUAUUUUUCCCUGGGGAAUUCUUGUCGGAGGUCAGAUUCUACCCAGUUUCUAUCCUCAUGUAUUCAGCUUCACGCAUCUAUUUCUAUUUCACACUCCUCUCUUCUGGAGCCUUCUUUAUAAGUAUAAAUGGAGGGUUGAUGGAAACCAAAGCCGGGUUCUCCUUGCUCUAUCUAACGUACCAGUUACUCUAGUUCUCAGUGCACAGGCUAUACUAGUGUUACUCCUAUACUACUUCCCCUCCAGGCUGGGCAUAUUCCGGGAGAUUGGUAUUCUCAUAGCUCCUAUGCAUGCAUGCACUAUACUUACUGGAUUCAUAGCUAAUAGUCUAAUAAGCUAUUAUAUCACUCAACGUAGAAGAAAAUAGGGUUAUUUCUGGACCCCCUGCCCAUAACACUGAUGUACAUCAUUAUACAUGGUAAUUUCUGGUCUUAGUGCCUCAGCAAGAACUAGCUGGGACCCAGCGCAGCUACUACGGCAUGGAGGCCGAGCACUGUUGUUUGAACCAACUAUCCCAUAGACGUUAAUUGUUUAAUGUUAGGAGAGAGGCCCAGAAGUCGUGAGCUAGGAAUAGAAUUCUAGCAUUCCUAUCCCAAGUUACCCAACUUUUUAGAUUUUCAAUCUGCUUUGUAUCUUACAGUUUUAGAUUUCCAGCAUUUCUAAUCAUAACUGCACAACUUCGUAUUUUAAAAAGUUACAUUUCCAAGUAUGUUGUCUUUUAAAAGUUAAAAUAAGACAGAAAUAUCAUAGAUGAAAU